AUGGACAUCAUGGAUCUUGCUGGGAAAUGGAUGGAACGAAAAAAUCUUAUCCUGAGUGAGAUCCAAAAAAGAAAGAGAACUAGAGACCAAUUGGAUGAAUACGGCUACGCAACAUUCCAUCCCACAAUCCCCUGUGUCCUUCUGGUUCCGGCUAAGAAGGGUGGCGAGAAGAAGAAGGGCCGUUCUGCCAUCAACGAGGUGGUGACCCGAGAAUACACCAUCAACAUUCACAAGCGCAUCCAUGGAGUGGGCUUCAAGAAGGGUGCUCCUUGGGCACUCAAAGAAAUUCGGAAAUUUGCCAUGAAGGAGAUGGGGACUCCAGAUGUGCGCAUAGACACCAGGCUCAAUAAAGCCGUCUGGGCCAAAGGAAUAAGGAAUGUUCCAUACCACAUCCGAGUACGCUUGUCCAGAAAUCGUAAUGAGGAUGAGGAUUCACCAAACAAGCUCUACACACUGGUAACUUACGUGCCUGUUACCACAUUCAAAAAUCUACAGACAGUCAAUGUGGAUGAGAACUAACUGCUGAAUAUCAAAUAAAGUUACAGAACUGCCAAAGAAAAAAAAUAGG